UAUUGAAAAUUUCGUCAUUCUGUGAUGCAUUUCUCCUGCGGACUGCGCUGGAUUAUUGAUUUUUGUCAUAUUUUGCUUCCAGUGUUUUCUGCAUUGCAGAUCUCAUAGGAUUAAUAAUUAGCUGUAAAAAUAAUUUGCAACUUUAAAGAGCUUCGAAAAUGGCUUUCAAAGUUGCAAAAUGUCCAACAGAUGAAUUAAUGCUUACAAACUGUGCAAUUGUAAAUGAUAGAGAUUUCACUGCAUCAACUAAACAUGUCAAAGUGAGUACAGGAGGAGGACAAGGCUUCGUCUUCUCAAUAAAAACUCACUCAGAGUUAGGAAAGAGUUAUGUGGGGUUCAAUUUACCACAAAGAAAAUGGGCUUGUUUAUCAAUCGGCCAAGAUAUUGAUGUAUCCCCUUAUAUACCUCAGGAUUACAUUUCCGGAAUGACACUUGAAGCUGAUUUUUCCCAAAAGAAGAGUAUCACACAAGAACAGUAUGAUUCAGAUGAGAUGGCAAAAGAGUUUUCGUAUUGCUUUCCAAAUCAGAUUUUCACUGUUGGACAGCAAUUGGCCUUCCAAUUCAAGGAUAAAAGAUUGUUGAUUUUAGUUGUGAAAGAUAUUGAAGCUGUUAAUGUAGCUUCAAUGCAGGGAAAUAGUGAAGCCAAACCCAGAAAAGUUAAAAUAGCACAGUUGAUUCCUAAUAGUGUUAUUACCUUUGAGAAGGCUGAAGGAUCCUCAUUGAACCUUGUUGGAAACUCUAAAGGAAAGGUAGUUCGCCAGUCUAUCAUAAAUCCCGACUGGGACUUCGGCAAAUUGGGUAUCGGAGGUUUGAGUAAUGAGUUCAAUGCAGUCUUCAGAAGAGCAUUUGCAUCAAGAGUUUUCCCACCAGAAAUUGUUGAACAACUGGGAUCCAAACAUGUGAAAGGAAUAUUAUUGUAUGGUCCUCCAGGUACUGGUAAAACUCUGAUGGCCAGGCAGAUAGGAAAGAUGUUGAAUGCACGUGAACCUAAAAUUGUCAACGGUCCACAAAUUCUGGACAAGUAUGUUGGUGAAUCUGAAGCUAAUGUCAGAAGACUUUUUGCUGAAGCCGAAGAAGAAGAAAAACGGGCGGGCCCCAAUAGUGGACUUCACAUCAUAAUCUUUGAUGAAAUCGAUGCUAUAUGCAAACAAAGAGGUUCAGUGGCAGGAAAUACUGGUGUUCAUGACACAGUAGUCAAUCAGUUGCUGUCCAAGAUGGAUGGUGUUGAACAGUUGAACAACAUCUUGGUCAUUGGUAUGACAAACAGAAAAGACAUGAUUGACGAGGCACUUUUGAGACCCGGCAGAUUAGAGGUCCAAAUCGAAAUAAGUCUUCCUAACGAGAAGGGCAGAUUGGAAAUCUUGAACAUCCACACUGCCCGAAUGAAGCAUUACAAAAAAAUUAGUACCGAUGUCGAUAUAAAGGAGUUGGCUGCCCUCACUAAAAAUUUCUCAGGUGCUGAAUUGGAAGGUUUGGUCAGAGCGGCCCAAUCAACAGCCAUGAAUAGGUUGAUAAAAGCUUCCAGUAAAGUUGAAGUGGACCCGGACGCUGUAGAGAAACUUCUAGUUACAAGGGCAGAUUUUUUGCACGCUUUAGAGCAUGAUAUCAAGCCUGCGUUCGGUACUGCACAAGAGAUAUUGGAACAGAUCUUGGCCCGCGGAAUCAUCAAUUGGGGUUCACCCGUUACAAAAGUUUUGGAAGAUGGUAUGCUUUUGAUCCAGCAGGCGAGAACCACUGAAACUUCAGGUUUGGUAUGCGUCUUGAUCGAGGGACCACCGAAUGCAGGAAAAACGGCAUUGGCAGCUCAGAUGGCCAUAAACUCAGAUUUCCCUUUCAUCAAAGUUUGUUCCCCAGAAGAAAUGGUUGGUUAUACAGAAACGGCUAAAUGUUUGCAUAUAAGAAAGGUAUUUGACGAUGCCUACAGAUCAACACUGAGUUGCAUUCUAGUGGAUAACAUCGAACGAUUGUUAGACUACGGUUCUAUCGGUCCGAGAUAUUCGAAUUUGGCACUUCAAGCUCUCUUGGUUCUCCUGAAGAAACAGCCUCCGAAAGGAAAGAAAUUGUUGGUCAUAUGUACCACAAGCACAAGGCAAAUUUUGGAAGACAUGGAGAUGUUAUCUGCGUUCACAGGAAUCCUUCGUGUCCCCAAUCUAUCGAAACCCGAACAUCUUAGAAACGUGUUGGAAAAUACCGAUGUCUUCGAUCAAAAGGACAUAAAGGCCAUUGAACCUCAUAUCCAUGGAAAACGCAUCUCUAUUGGAAUCAGAAAGCUUUUGGCGCUCUUAGAUAUGGCAAGGCAAACAGAUGACAAACACAGAGUGAUAAAGUUUAUAUGUAAGUUAGAAGAAGACGGACAUCUGGAAGAUCCUGGCAUGGCAUAGAAAAAUGGAUCUUCGGUAUAUAAGGUUCCAAUCAAGACAUCGUAUCGUCAGAACUUAGUUGGUACUAAUUUAAAACUGAAGAAAAAGUCUAUCAUGAAAUCAAUGCAAAAAGUUGCAUUCUUUACAUCUAAAUAUUCAAACAAAAAAAGUUUUUAGUUGGUAAAUAAUUAGUAACUUGGUGGGAAAUUUUUUUGGAUCAAUCUGUAUUUUGAUUAUCAACUUAGACCACCCAGAAAUUAAAUUAAUCAAUAAUAAAUUAAUUAAUUAAAUAAACUAAAUCCACAAUCAACUCAAACAUCUCCUAGUCACUAGUCAAUUCCAGAAAAUGAGAUAGAAUAACAGAGAUUUUGUCCCAAAUUGAUCAAUAUAGUCUUGACAUUAAUAUA